GCAAGAUGAGAUAAUAGUCUUAGCUUCGCCGAUUCUUCACAGUUUUAGUCAUUGUUAUCUUUUUCUCUCCUUUAAUGGCUUCUUCUUCUCUGAUCUUCGCAAUCUCUGCGAUUUUCUUUGCUUUGCGUUUCUCAUCGGCUCAUUCUCUUACCUGUACGUCGCAUAAGCUUCCUGGUAAGGACUUCCCCAACUGUAAGGAUCUCCCGACUCUGGGCGCUACUCUUCGUUACUCUUACAAUGCCACCAAUAACUCGCUCUCCAUCGCCUACAUGGCUACUCCGGCGAAGCCCGGCGGCUGGGUCUCCUGGGCUAUAAAUCCGACCGGCCAAGGUAUGCAAGGCGCCCAGGCUAUCAUCGCCUUCAAAUCGAACGGCACUGUCGUCGCCAAGACCUACAACAUCAGCUCCUAUAAAUCCAUCGUCGAAUCGAAGCUUUCCUUCGACGUUUGGGACCUGAGCGCCGUCGAAUCUGACGGCGUCAUCACGAUCCUCGCGACGGUGAAGGUGCCGGGGAAGCCGGACCAGCUGAACCAGGUGUGGCAGGUCGGGCCGUCGGUGACCGGCGGCAGGCCGGACAAGCACGACUUCACUCCGGCGAAUCUCGCCUCAAAAUCCACUUUAUCGGUGUCCACGUCAACAUCGGCACGCGAAAACACCACCACCGGCGGCGACAAAAACGGCGGCGUCUCAGUAACAAAUAACAGAUUCGGCGUAGGAUUUUUUGCUGGUUUGUUAAUGCUGGUAGCGAGUUGUGUUAAUUUCUGAUUUUCCUUUGUUCUUCACCACUACGAAUAAUAUUCCAUCAGUGUGACUCCUAAUAGUUUACUGAUAUUUUCUGCGGAUUCUUGUAGGUGAGAAUAGGCGAUUUAUGUUGAUCAGGAUUUCAGUUUCAUAUAUAGAAUUUUUUAUUUUCCGUCUUCAA